GAGCGGGAGAAGAUGCGAUUUAGUUGUAGAUCGACGGGCCUUGUCUAGAGUCCGCAGAGCUCUGGCGCACGGGCUGGCAGAGAGGGAGAGAGGGAGGGAGGGAGAGAGCGAGAGGAGACGAGUUAUGACAGGGCCGGGGGAGGAGUGCCAGCCCAUGGAUCGAAUCUGGGAGGGGAGUGUGCUUUUUUCUACUGUUGAGAGCGAGAGUGCCGUGCCAGAGUGAGCACAAAGUCAGGAGCGUGUGACAUGAAAGAGGGAGGGAGCGAGGGAGGCCGGCAAUUCCAGAGCUGCAAGCGAUGAUGAUGAUGCCAAAGGACAAAGGCUUUUUGCGAAUGAGGUCUAGAGGCCAGGAGGAGUAGGAAGUGGAGGAGGAUUUCUGCUGCUGCUGCUGCUGCCGCUGCUGCCGACCAAUUAAGAAACAAGCUUGUUGCGUGUUUGUUUGUAUGGUUGGCCUGUUGGUCGUCAGGGAGUGAGUGAGUGAGUGAGUGCGUAAGUACGGCCCCCGCUAGGGGCGAGAGUGGGACGGGCGGCGACGGGAGGGUCCGAGGUGACACGAAAGCUUUCGUCCUGAGCGGGGCUCGGCUUUUUUAGCGGCGGUGGGUCAAUGGGGCGUACUUUGUACCUCGCAGUACCGAAGGGAAGAGAAGCAGCGCAAUGUCAGAGCUGGUCAGAGAGGCCCCCAAAGUCAGCUCCCACAGCAAGUUUGAUGUGAUAGAAAAAUUGCGAAGAGCGGUGAAUUUGAUCAGUUCGGAGGUGGCUGAUACUUUCAGAUCUUCCUUUUGUACCAUUUAAGGUCCAUGGAUAACAUAUCCUCUAAGCGGAGGUUCAGUUUUUUAAGGCAAUCGUCGCUAGCACCAGUCGGACAGAAGCGGUCCAAUGGACUCACCAAAGAGGAGUCUCAAAAGCUUCUUUCUGCAGAGCAGCUCGACGCCACAUUGCAACUCCUAUUCUACGCAUCCAAGGGAGACGUGGCAGGGGUACAGGCUAUGAUUGCCAAGAACACCGAUGUCAAUGCUGCAGACUUUGAUCAGCGCACAGCUUUGCACGUGGCAGCAUGCGAGAAUUGGAUUGAGGUUGUAAAGCUUUUGAUUGAAAAAGGGGCUGAUGUUAACGCUGAGGAUCGUUGGGGCAGCACGCCUUUAGCAGAUGCACAACACUACGGGAAUAUAGAGAUAUGCAAAUUGCUUGAGGCGAAUAAGGGGAAGUUGGCGAAAAAUGCUCGCAAUUCGCUAAUGCGCAUAUCAAGUGCUCUGGUUCCUGAAUACGAAAUCAAUCAAUCAACUUUGAAUUUUGAUUGCGACCAAGACUCUCAUGUUGCAAAGGGUGAAUUGUACAGAGUUGCCACAUGGCAGGGAACAAAGGUUUUUGUUAAGUUUCUCCCUGGAAUCGCUUCCAACGAGAUACAGAUACGCAAAUUUAAGGAUGAGUUGGCUCUACUACUGAAGCUUCGCCACCCCAACGUAGUGCAAUUUCUUGGUGCCGUCACUCAGACAAGCCCCAUGAUGAUUGUUACAGAGUUUCUAUGGGGGGGUAACCUGAAAAAGUACAUGGAGAAGAAUCCAGGGCGAUUGGAGCCACAAAAGGCUGUCUGUUUAGCCCUGGAUAUUGCCAGGGGUAUGAACUACCUGCAUGCACAUAAACCAGAAGCUGUCGUUCAUCGCGAUUUGAAACCUAGCAAUCUGCUGUUGCGGGAUUUAAAUGGGCACAUCAAAGUCGCUAACUUCGGCUUGAGUCAAUCCAUCCGGGAUGUAGAGCCUGUCGAGGAUUCUGUCUCGGUGAAACACGCCGGAAGUUUCUGUCGUUACAUGGCUCCUGAGAUUUACAAGCGUCAAUCUUACGAUAAGUCUGUCGAUGUCUUUUCAUUUGGUAUCAUACUUCAGGAGAUGAUGGAAGGUCACCGUCCUUUUCAUGAAGUAACCGAAGACGUUGAUGUUGCUGGGAUGUAUGCCUGCGAUCAAAAUAAAAGACCGCCAUUCAAGCAUGGAGGCCGGCGGUAUCCAGCUUCAUUGAAAGAGUUGAUAGAGGAGUGUUGGGACAGGGAUUCCUCAAAGAGACCUGAUUUCAACAGUAUUAUUCAGAAGCUGGAACAAAUACAGGGCAACACUAGUUGGAGAAGUAAGAUCAAGGCAUUCCUUUUGACUGGCCGGAAAUGACAUGUCUUAAAGGCGCAUUGAUUAGUGAGUUUUAAUUGCGAUUUCAAUGCGUCCGAUUUCAUAGGUGGGAUAAGCUUUGCAAACAUUUGGAAACAACAUCCAGACCAUGUUGUGGAUUUUGCUUGGUAGGGUAUAGCCUUCAAUUGGCAGCUGGGCAGUGACAGUCCGUCUGGUGUGGUGGUGUGACAUAUAACGGAUAUUGCUGUAACUGCUCGGCUUUAGCAAGGGAUUUCAGGUUGUUACACAUUUAGACAGGACGGGCCGGUUUGCUACGUCUUUCAAAGCACAAUGUUGUUGUCAAGUGGCCAGCAUUGCCAGUGUAAAUCCAUACAGUAGUCUUUUUCUUUGUCUUUGUAUAUGCCUGCUGACUGAUCUACGAAUUGGCAACCAACUGCCAAACCUGAACUUUGUACUCGUAAGGUGGUAAUUCUUAUGAUACCGAAACUUGACUUUCUGUUGAC